CUGGCACCAUGUCUUCUCCUGGCAGAAGGUCUGCUUCAGAAGCUUCCACUUCAUCGAGGGAUAGAGUUCCCACUCCACCUCUUACUGAAUCUUCUGUGGUUGGUAGUAUUUCCAUAUCAACAUCUUUUGCCUCGCCAUAUUCCCCUUCAUCUGAACCCAUAGAUUUAACAACUGCAUCUGCUACAACUUCCAUUUCUCCGACUGUCAGAAUUCCUUCCUUGCAGGCAUUUGAAAUACCAUCAUCUUAUUCCAGAGAGUCCACUUCAUCUGCUCCCCUAGAUUUAACAAUUGCAUCCAAGUCAACCCCUACUUCGCCGAUUGCUGGAACUUCCAGUUCACUGGCCUUUGAAAUAAGAUCACCUCGUUCCAGAACUUCCACUUCACCUGCUGCCUUAGAUUUAAGAACUACAUCCAAGACAACUCCAGUUUCACCAAGUGCUAGAAUUCCCACUUCGCCAGCCUUUCAAACAGCAUCACCUUGUUCUUCUUCAUUUGCUGCGUUAGAUUUAAGAACUAAAUCUGAUGCAACUUCCCUUCCGUCCAGUGCCAGAACUCCUCCUUCGCCGUCCUCUAAAAGAACAUCAUCGACUUCCCAGCCUUGUACUUCGCCAGCUAAGCAACGAAGAGAGGAGGGAUAUGAAAGAUUAACUUCAUCAAGAAGUAUGCUGUCGACGAGGAGGGAUGCUAUUUCUGAAAAUUUGCCAUUCGUAUAUAACAGGCCUCCCACUCGUGAAUUUACACCAUCACAAAGUUCCUUAUCUGCGCUAACUCAAAAUCUCUAUUCCCCCAUUUCGAGUGCUUCACAUUCACCGACAGCCAGUCCUUCGAAUUCAUCGUCAGGGACCCUGACAGCUUCGCGUUCAGAUUCUGAGACCCUGACAGCUUCGCGUUCAGAUUCUGAGACCCUUACAGCUUCGCGUUCAGAUUCGGAGACCCUUACAGCUUCGCGUUCAGAUUCGGAGACCCUUACAGCUUCGCGUGCUUCAAAUUCGGAGACGCUGACAGCUUCGCGGUCACCAAUUAUAACUGAUCCGAUAUCGCCGGCUGAUAUCGCUCCAGUUGCUUGUUCUGCCAAUGCUUCAAAUUCAGAAAUUCUUACAACUUCACGCUCGCCAGUUACUAGUGAUCAAUUUCAUUUUAUUGGUUCCAGUGCUUCAAAUUUUGAGACUGUUACUACUCAAUUCUUGGACAUCUUCACUUCCUUCGACGUUGGAAAAUACUAUGGAUUCAGACUGUACGGAUGA